AGAGAGAGAGAGAGAGAGAGAGAGAGAGAGAUGGAUUCAGUGGAAAGAAGAGAAACUCCUGAUGAAGGAAUCAAGACAAUACAAUUCGGGAUCCGGCUGUUGAUAAUGGUGAUUUUUCUUGGGUACAUAAUGAUAUGGGUAAUGAUGCCCACUAAUACAUUUUGGCAGCACUGGCUACCUGAUAUCCAGGAUAAGGUUAAUUCAACGUACUUCGGACGACAAGGGACAAACUUUCUGAUUUACACAUUCCCAAUACUAUUUGUUGCUGUUUUGGGAUGUAUAUACCUCCAUCUAGGAGAGAAAGAUGUUGGUCGCAGCAAUGGAAGCACUGCGAAGAAUUCUCGUUUAGUGCAAUGGAGAAGGCCAGCAUUUGUGAAGGGACCUUUGGGGAUUGUUUCUUGGACAGAACUGUUCUUUCUAUCCACAUUCAUAGCACUCCUUUUGUGGUCUUUCUCUGCCUAUAUCCACAGCAUGUUUGCAAACAUCACCCGACAAUCCGCGGCCCAGAUGGGAGAAAAAGUAUGGGAAGCAAAGUUAGAAAGUGCAGGGCUAACGCUGGGCCUUUUGGGAAACAUUUGUCUAGCAUUUCUCUUCUUUCCGGUGACCAGAAGUUCUUCGGUUAUGAGGGUCAUUGGCCUUACGUCGGAGUCGAGCAUUAAGUAUCACAUUUGGCUUGGGCAUAUUACAAUGAGUCUCUUCACAGCGCACGGCUUUUGUUAUAUCAUCUUCUGGGCUAGUACAAAUCAAAUUUCUGAGAUGCUCAAAUGGGAGAAAGUUUGGAUGUCAAAUGUGGCGGGAGAAGUAGCUCUGCUUGCUGGAUUAGCCAUGUGGAGCACAAGCUUUCCCUGCAUCAGGCGCAAAUUUUUUGAGCUCUUUUUCUACACUCACUAUCUCUAUAUUAUCUUCAUUGUGUUAUUCAUAUUUCAUGUGGGCUUCUCCUACUUCUGCAUCACCCUUCCCGGUUUCUACCUCUUCUUGAUUGAUCGGUAUCUACGCUUCUUGCAAUCCCAGCAGAAGGCCCGCUUGGUUUCUGCUUGUAUUUUGCCUUGCGAAGCUGUCGAGCUCAACUUCUCUAAAAGCCCAGGAUUGAGUUAUAAUCCAACAAGCAGCAUGUUCAUAAACGUGCCAGGAAUCUCCAAGCUUCAAUGGCAUCCUUUUACCAUUACCUCCAACAAUAAUACCGACCAAGACAGGUUAAGUGUCGUCAUAAAAAGUACAGGAAGCUGGUCUCGAUUGUUGUACCAACAACUUUCACAGCCUAUUCCACCGGAACACCUUGAGGUCUCUGUUGAAGGACCUUACGGACCUGCAUCAACUCAUUUUUUCAGGCACAACACACUAGUGUUGAUAAGCGGAGGAAGUGGCAUCACUCCUUUUUGCUCCAUCAUUCGUGAGCUCCUCUUCAGUACAAGCACAAGAAGUUGCAGCACGAAACAGGUUCUCCUUAUUGCUGCUUUCAAGAAAUCUGUGGAUCUCACCAUGCUAGACGUACUAGUCUCUGACGCUAACUACAACAUUACCCAAUUUCCCUUGCGGAUUGAGGCAUACGUAACAAGGGAGAAAGAACUCACUUCAGAUGACCAAAAGCUCUUCCAAACCAUAUGGUUCAAGCCCAGUGCCACGGAUGCGCCAGUUUCCGCAAUUUUAGGCUCCAACAGCUGGUUAUGGCUUGGAGCUAUUAUUUCAUCCUCAUUUCUCACAUUUCUUCUGCUCAUUGGCAUUGUUACAAGAUACUACAUUUACCCUAUUGAUCAUAACACCAACAUGAGGUUUUCGUACGCGGAAAAAUCAGCACUAAACAUGUUGUUUGGAUGUGUCUCCGUAGCUUUGGCUGCAACAACAGCUUUUAUUUGGAACAAAAAACAGAAUGCCAAGGAAAUGAUACAGAUUCAAAACGUGGACGUGCCAAUGCCAAAGGGAUCUCCGGGACCAGGUUCAUGGCUCUACAAUGGGGAAAGAGAAUUGGAAAGCUUUCCUCAUGAGUCCCUUUUUCAAAACACAAAGGUGCAUUAUGGUGAAAGGCCUAAUUUCAAGAAAUUGCUACAAGAGUGUGAAGGAUCUAGCAUUGGGAUUCUUGUUAGCGGCCCAAAGAAGAUGAGGCAAGAAGUUGCAGCAAUUUGCUCAUCCAGUGAGGUGGAUAACCUACAUUUCGAAUCAAUCAGCUUUAGCUGGUGAGGUGGGGGCAAAGAU